UUUCACAAAAUUACGUCAUCAAAAUGUUCAUAAACCGCACUCAAAUUUACAGCAUACUAACUGCAUAUCAGUAUUAGGCUGAAAAAACAUGUAUUGAAAGCAAUUCAGUAGUUCCUGAACACCCCGACCAGAUUACCAACAAAUCAGCCAUAAUUGCAUCUGCAAAUAUUUCUUUCUACUAUCUCGACGAUUUUAACUUAGAACUCCAUUGCCAUGUACUUGUCGGCUUGCAUUUGACAUUGCAUAAAUUAUUAUGCUCAUUACCUGCACUGAGUCAUACACAGAAAAUUUUCAUGCCUUUAACAUAACAUUUAGCUUAAACAUACAGUUUUCUGUCAGCAGAAACUGUCUUCCCAUGGUCAGCUAUAAAAAAACUCUCCGCAAUUACAAUCAACAGUAUUCUAGUGGGUUGUUAAAUGGAAGAAUUCAAUAUUUUCUAUAACCUUUCCUUCUAAUAAGGGUCAACCUUGUAGUUAGUCAACAAAGGUCAAUUUAAGCUGGUGAAACAGAAAAUGAAGAGAUCUGUUAGAUUGUUAACCAACCUAACAGGCCAGGAACAUAAUGGAUGGAGAUGAGAGGAGAGGAGAGGAGAGGAGAGGAGACACGAAAAAAGGUCCCAUCUCUAUGAUAAAUGAAUGAAUAGAAAUUAAUAAAAUAAUGAGAUGGGAGAGGUGAGAGUCUAAGGUUCUAUCUAUAUGAUGAAGUACAAGCAUUUUCAUAAAAGGAAACAAGACCAUGACAGCAGGUAAUCCAUACAAGCCACUGGCUUCACUUUCCCGGAUUUACGCUACGUUUCCAGCUUGUAAACUUGCUAAAAUUUCCCAGCAAUUAUACCUCCAGAUCAAACUAUAAUCCUUUCAGAGAGCGACCUUGACAGCUUCAAACAGAAGAAAGAAUAGCUCAAUGGUCCAAAAUUGCCACCAAUCAAAGUCACUUCUUCAAGUUACACAUGCUGAUACAUUCAAGAAACCAAACAGAUCCAAUGAUAUCAAACAUCCAUAAAUUUUCAUACAGCAUAUGAUGCAGUAUGAAUUCCAAGAAUGAGAAACCAAACCAUGGAAACAACCCAAGCAUCCAACUAGAAAUUAUCCGCAAUUCAGAUGGAAGCAGCAGCAACCCUCCCAAAGAUCGUUGGGGCUCCACCUUGUUCGAACCCCAAAGACAACAGAGCUAUCAGACCCCCAGUAGUAGCAAUGAGAGAAGCCAGAGCAGCAGCAAGAAUGCCAAUAUCCCUGCACCCGAAAAGAAGUUGACCCUCUUCGCUCUCCACCUUGCAAUCCUGGAAAAAUCUGCCAGUGGCCUCGGAACUCUUGGCUUUAUUUGGGCCACAGUUGUCCUUCUUGGUGGAUACGCUUCAACACUUGAGAGCAAGGAUUUCUGGAUUGUAACUGUGAUCCUUCUUAUAGAAGCCACAAGGAUCUUCAGCCGUAGCCAUGAGAUCGAGUGGCAGCACCAGUCAACCUCAUGGUCCCUUGCCAGCGCGGGACGGUACAGUUUUCGAGCAUUCAUAUCAAGUUCUCAGUUCUUUGCCCAUGCCAUCAAGGCCUUUUUCCAAUCAUGUUCUGUAUUCCAAUCAGAUAACCACCGUAGCCGUGAAGUCACCCAUGAUCUCUGGAUGGAAACUCCAGAAUCCCAGAACCGAAACCUUCAAAACAAAAAUGAAAGGACAUGGAACUAUUCUGACGUUCCCUUUCUACCCUAUGUUGGCUGGGUCUUUCUUUCUAGAAAUGUUAGCAAUAUCUUUUAUUGGCUCCAACUCAUUUCAGCUGCAGCAUCUGCUGCUCUCUCCUUGAUGAGGCUCAGUCAGCAAGACUACAUCAAAGAUAGUGGAUAUACUGAUACGAAGAACCUGAAGCCUGCUCUCAACAUAUUCUAUGGGAUGGCUCUGGCUGAAGCGCUGAUGUUCUUAGUGGAGAAGGCUUACUGGAACUGGGAGAUCAGUUACAAGAUGCUGCUGGAUAAAGUUUGCCAGGAGUGUGCACUUGGACCAUCUGGAAUGACAUCCAUCACGCGGUUCUUCUAUGAUUCAUACUCAAGGUGUAUUGAAGGCAGCAUCUUUGAUGGUCUUAGGAUGGAUCUGGUAUCCUUUGCCGAGGAACUCCUAGAUUCAGAGUACCGAGAUGAGCAGCUUAUUGGAGCUCGUAUCCUUCAUAAGUUUGUGACCAACGAUCAAUUUUCCAGUUACACCCUGCGAAAGAUUGGAACAUCAACAGAGGUCAUUGAGAGGCUAAUUGAGAUUCUGAACUGGAAAAACCCACUGGAAGAGGAGAUCAGAAGGUCCGCCACAGAGAUCGUCUCAAAACUUGCAGGAAGAAAGCAGAAUGCAAUCCGAGUUGCUGAGAUCCCAGGCGCAAUUGAGUCAAUAUCAUCCCUUCUGUAUACAGGUCUACACUAUGAUUCAAGGCCACACGAGAUUGGUCACAGGUUUGUUGUCGCGGACCAAACUGACUACGAGUUUUCGGUGUUCAACCUCUUGGGCUUGAUGAUACUUAAGAAGCUCGCUCGUGACCAUGACAACUGCUGGAAGAUUGGGAAUGCUAGAGGACUCAUGCCAAAGAUCAUAGACUUCACGAGCACGACCGAAAACCUGCUGAGGAAUGACCUAGCACCAGAAUCUCAGAUAAAGAUAGUGAAACGGUCACUAAAAUUAAUUAAGAUCCUGGCGAGCACAACCGGCCAAACAGGGAAAAUGUUAAGGAAGGAAAUAUCCGAUAUCGUAUUCACUGUGAGCAAUAUUAGAGAGAUCUUGCAAUAUGGAGAGAGCCAUAUGGUGCUACAAAUGCUGGGAAUCGAAAUACUGAGCAACUUGGCGAUGGAUGAGGACGCCAGGGAGAGCAUCGGGAGCACAGGUGGAGUGAUUAGACUGCUACUUUCAAUUUUCUUCAUGCCACGUUUGACAGAGAAACAAAACUCUGUGUGCACAGAAGCCGGAGAGGCAUUGACUAUGCUGGCUUUUGAAAGCAGGAGAAACUGCAAUCAGAUAGUAAUGGGGCCACAGGUCAUGGAAAGGUUGGUUGAUUCACUGAAUGAUCCGGUGCUCCAAGUCAAUUCGGCCAGAAUCCUCAGGAAUUUGUGUGCUUAUUCCGGGCCUGAAUGUGUGAGUCACUUCACAGGAGUCGCAGCUGCUGUUCCUACUGUACUGCAAGGAAUCAUGAAUGGAAAAGAUAAACUUCUUGAGGUGUCACUGGGACUUGCGACACAAAUGUUCAUAGUGACAACUCGAACAGAAUAUGCUGAACAACUUGAAAGAGCAGGCAUUACAGAUGAGGACAUUGCAAACCGGUUGGUACAAAUACUGAGAAUAUACAUCUACCCAGAAAUUAAGGUUCCAAGAAUAAGGAGGUUCUUGAUCGAAUUGGUAAUAUGGAUGUUGAAGCUGCAGUCAAAGUAUAUACAGAUAUUCAAGAAUCUACAGGCUGAUGAGGCAUUCAAGAGCAUUGCGGAAACCACGUCAGAGCUUGAGAGCUUCAAUUUUUUCUCUGGCAGUGUUGGCAUGGGAAAGGACAACAUAACUCUCUCCUCCCUUAUAGAUACAGCAGUAAAUUUAAUGGAAUAAAGCUGAAAUUGAGUGGCAAUAAUUGGUUUAACAGCACUAAUCACAUGUAUGGAAAUAACACCAUAAAACACUGGAAAAUUAUAGAAUAUAGGCUGGGCUAUGUAGUUUUCUAUGUCUAAACAGAAAAUAGUUUUCAAGUUGUUGUUACAGAUUGUAUAUUUUCAGUUUAUUGAUUGGUUAAACCUCUAAUAGCAUAAAAUUUUAUAAAUUAGUAGCUAAAUGAUGCAUAUUUCCUUAU